AAAUACUCCUUCUGUCCCAUAAAGUGUUACCCAUUUUGACUAAAGUUGAAAUUAAGGGAGGGAUAAUUUUGUGUUGACUUUCCAAAAAUACCCUUGAUGUGAUGGGUAAAAGUAGGAUGUGAUGUGUAGAUUAUUAGGAAAAAGGUAUGAUGUGAUAGGUAGAGUUUGAAAAAACUAAAAAAAAACCCCUAAACCCAUUCCUUCUUUUAUUCUUCUUUCACCCUAAAAUUCUCUCUCUUUCUCUAAUAAUGGCUGAGGUUCAAGAAAGCCACAACACCCAAGGCAUCAAGCUCUUCGGGGCAACCAUAAUCACAGUGGUAAAAGAAAAGAAACCGAACAAAACCAACGAUGAUCCACCAGCGGAUCACAAGAGGCCCGACAAGGUGAUUCCAUGUCCGAGGUGCAAGAGCAUGGAGACCAAGUUCUGUUACUUCAACAACUACAACGUUAACCAGCCCCGGCACUUCUGCAAGGGCUGCCAGCGGUACUGGACCGCCGGCGGCGCCCUCCGGAACGUCCCCGUCGGGGCCGGUCGCCGGAAAAACAAGCCGCCUUGUCCGAUGAUGAUGGGCGCGUUUUCCCCCGAGGGUUGUUUCUAUGAUGCCGCUUCCGGGCUUCUGCACCGUAUUGAGUUCGAUGAGGCGGCGGCUGUCAGGCAGUGGCGCGUGGCUCAGCAGGGUCGCUUCGAGGAGCUUUUGCCGGCGAAAAGAAGCAAAAUCUCCGCCACUAAUUGAUUAAGUUGUACCCGCUAUUAUUGUUAAUCUAUACGGAGUAUAUGUGUAGAGAAUGAAAUGAGAAAAGCAAAAGAAUACCCCAUAUAAAAUAAACUCGUAAAUAGAUGCUUGCAUAGUUUUAAUGGUUACUUGUAAUAAUUGUUUAAUUGUAUAACCACGUCUUUUUUUAUCACUAAUAAUUUUAUCAUAUACUCUCUCCGUCCCAUAAAGUGUUACCCAUUUU